AUGGUCCGCGACGACUUCUUUAUCGACUUUCAAGUCCGGGCAAAAUUUCACACCGACACAUACAGCCUUCAUGCUGUCCUUGACCUUGCCGCUGAAGCCAAACUGGCCAAUAACAUCCUGAGUCAGAGCAGACCGCUCGAGGCUGAAUUCCUGGAGUUCCGGGCAUUCAUCGACUCAAUUCUGCCCCGUCUUCCCUACUCCCAGAUUACUUGGAAGACUGUCUACAUCGCCCAAGACAUUGUGGUCGAUGGCGAUGACGAUGGGGAUGAUGAUGAGGAGGAGGAGGAGGAGGAAUACGAAGUUGAGGAGGGUUAUUACGUAGAUUGGUCGCAAAGCUCAAGUGCCAGCAGCGUCACUUCCGAAGGACCUUACCAAGGCAACGGCUACGGCAAGCUUGAGUCUCCGGUCCUUCUUCAGCCCGCUGAACUCCCGCUUCUCACAACCUACAAGGACGCUCACGACACCAAAGAGAGGCUGUCAAUCUUCUCGAACGAGUUCUUCGAGGUUCGCAAGUCUCCUACGGCUGGUUGGGGCGCUUUCGCGAGCAAGAAGCUGUACCAGGGCGACCAAAUCCUCGUCGAAAAGGCCCUCUACCAUGCCAUCUACGCAGAUGUGACCACGUCUGUCAGAUCUUUGCCGGAGAAGGAGCGUCUGAUCGCGAACGACAUGUUUGGCCACAAAGGCCGGGAAGGCGAGACCCACGAGGAGGCGGUUUGGAAUACAAACGCUUUCGCGGCGUAUGUCCCCUCGAAUUCGGGUAACAAGAGAAACACGCCUGGCCUCUUUGCCAUUGCGGGCCGAUUCAACCACUCCUGCUCGCCCAAGAUUGACUACAAGUUCCGUGCCAGUCACGAGUCUCUCGUGUUCACUGUCAGGGACUGGGUGAUUGAAGAGGGCGAGGAGCUGACCAUCUCGUACGGUCAAGAUCCCUCGGUGCUCUACUACAAGUACGGCUUCAUCUGCGAGUGUGGACACUGCCGCAGAUUCGAUCCGCGCAAGUCUGAGUGGUCUUGA